AUCCUUAUUACCACUUAUCCGAACACACAACCUAACAGAAUUGGCGAGAGAGACUAAUCUCACGCCUGCAUACACAGUGCCCUCCACCUGCAUGCACAGUGCUCUCCACUCGUGCAAGAGUAAAUCGCGGAUGUGCAAUCAGAGUGGUAGGAUUCGAACUCUCAACCUCUUUGUCAACUAGUCUCGUAAGAUUACGUGCUCCGAAGGAGAGUGUUCGUUGGGAGCGAUAAAAAUCAAAGGAUUACGGUAAAAAAAGAAAAAACGCGGUAAUAGACAAAUUGUAAAUUGUAAUCAUAAUUACAUGUAAUGAUUAAUAAUUGCGAAGGGUCUGGCACUUUACUUUUCCGGCAGUAGCUCUGAGAUCUACCCACCAGCACCAGCAGCCCAUCUCGGUCUCUCUCUCUGUCUUUGCUUCUGCUUCUUGGUUUCUCGGCGGAGGAGGUAGGGCAGAGAUAGAGGCACAACGGUUUUGGUUCUGAAAGAGAGAGAGUGAGUGUCAUUAUAUGAUAUGGGGAGCAGUGGAGGUGUGGAUGGGAGCCAGAAGAUAGAUUAUGUGUUCAAGAUCGUGCUGAUAGGGGACUCGGCGGUGGGCAAAUCGCAGGUUCUGGCGAGGUUCGCGCGGAACGAGUUCAGCCUGGACUCCAAAGCCACCAUCGGCGUCGAGUUCCAGACCCGAACCCUCAUCAUCCACCACAAGAGCGUCAAAGCCCAGAUCUGGGACACCGCCGGCCAAGAACGAUACAGAGCUGUUACAAGCGCAUAUUACAGGGGCGCUGUUGGUGCAAUGCUGGUUUACGACAUAACCAAACGCCAAAGUUUCGAUCACAUACCCCGAUGGCUGGAGGAGUUGCGCAGCCAUGCUGACAAGAAUAUUGUGAUUAUGUUGAUUGGGAACAAAACUGAUCUCGAGAACCAGCGAGCAGUCCCCACUGAGGAUGCUAAAGAAUUUGCUCAGAAGGAAGGACUAUUCUUCUUGGAGACCUCGGCAUUGGAGGCAACUAAUGUAGAGACCGCCUUCUCAACUGUGCUGACAGAGAUCUUCAACAUUGUGAAUAAAAAAAACCUAGUUGCUGGGGAGGAGCAAGGCAACGGCAACCCCGCAUCUCUGACUGGCAAGAAGAUCAUUAUCCCCGGGCCUGCUCAGGAAAUUCCACCUAAGAGCAGGAUGUGCUGUAAAUCAUCCUGAUUUGUUCGAAAUAUCGUAUGCCGUAUAUGAAUUACCAAAUGUGGGGUUUUGAUUUGCACUCCUAAAGAGUAAUAUUGGAGGGUUUGGUGUAUUUUUUGUUGUAAAAUAUUUCAUUGCUGUGGCCUCGUUUGCAGGAGCAGAUUGAUCUUAUGUUUUUGAGACUUGAGAUGGGGAAGGGGAAUAGAUGGGACAUGGGUUGCAGAUUGUUCCAUGCAAUUGGGAGAAUAGAAGAAUAGGCUACUUUUUAUUC